AUGGCUUCACUCAAACUUCUGGCUACCGUUCUCUUUGCGGGCUCAUCACUCGCUCUCCCUCGUUCUCAAACAUCAAACAGUCCAACAGCAACCAUCCACAAUGGCGCGGUAAUCGGCACUACAACUUCUAUCCCAGACUCCAAAAAUAUUGUCAACCAGUUCCUUGGUAUUCCCUUUGGCGAAAAGCCUGUUCGUUUCAGUCCUCCAAAGCCAGCCAAAUCAUGGGACACUCCCUAUGAUGCUACUGAGUACAAACCGUCAUGUCUCAUGAAAUUCAAUUACCCAGAGGUGAAACGCAACCGAACUAUCAAGGCCUUCGCCACACCUGGUCCACCAGCGGGGACCGAUGAAGAUUGUUUGAAUCUAAACAUUUAUACACCCGCUGGCGCAAAGGCGGGUUCGAAACCCGUUGCAUUUUGGAUUCAUGGUGGCAGCUUCAGUCAUGGUUCUGGAUCUUUACCUUACUAUGAUGGAUCCAAGAUGGCGGGAUAUGAGGAUAUUGUGGUAGUCACCAUAAACUACCGCACUAACAUUUUUGGUUUCCCUGCAACCUAUGAUUUGCCUGGAGGGGAAUGGAAUGUUGGCUUCCUUGACCAGAGACUAGCCCUGCAAUGGGUCCAAGACAACAUAGAAGCCUUUGGAGGAGAUCCCAAAAAAAUCACCAUCUUUGGAGAAAGUGCCGGCGCAGGAAGCGUUGAUGAUCUCAUCACCGCUCCUCCUGAUCCUCUUCCUUUUCGCGCCGCUAUACUCCAGUCUGGUACUGCCAAUACCAACGUAACCCCUAACGGUUCUUGGGAUAUUGCUACUAAAUCAGCAGACUGUGAUAAUGACAAUUUUGGAAAGGUGCUUGAGUGUAUGCGGGAAGUUCCCGCUACGAAACUCAAGGAUAUCAUCGAAAGAGCCGAGCUUGAUUUUCAGCCCAUCAGUGACAACGGGACAACUCUUGCGAACUUCCCCCGUGAUAUCCGACUCAAGUCCAGGGACGACAACAAAAUCAUGGCGCGAGUUCCUGUCAUGCUGGGCUCGACCGCUGAUGAGGCACGACUGGAGGAUUUUAUGAACAUCACGAUCGAAGAGGCCCUUCGCGCUUGGAUGCCAGACAUCACUUCCGCCCAAGUCUCGGUUCUCAAAGUCUUCUAUCCCAUCGGAUCUCCCGGUAUCACCAACGAUUUCGACCAAGUCGUCAGGGUCGCAACCGAACUUGGCAUGCAGUGCCCGAUUCGCUAUGUUGCAGAGGACUUUACUGAAACUGGCAUCAAGACGUGGAGAUUCUUGUACAAUGCCAGCUUUGCAAACACGGAGAUUUUCAAUGGCAGCGGUGCUUACCACUCUUCUGAAAUCCAAACCCUCUUCGGUACAUAUCCUGAGGAAGGCUCAACAGAUUUUCAGGACGAGUUGAGUAGGGAGAUGCAGAAGGCCUGGGGAAAGUUUGUUAGAGAUCCCGAGAACGGACCGGGAUGGGGACAAAUUCCUAAGAUGGGCGUCUUUGGAGGUGGCAUGAGCCCUGAUUCUGACGAGAAGCCAGAGAAGGCUUUGGAAGUUUUGAACACACAUCUACUUGAACCAAGAUGUAUUGGAUUCAAGGGACCGUGGGCAAAGGGCAAGACUGAAGAGUAA